AUGGACUUUCCGACGCUUCGCACCAGCGAGGCCAAAGAUCUUGCCAAGUAUCUCCGGGAUGCAGCUUCCCACUCAACCACCAAGGGCAUCACCAAUACCCUUCUGAAGGGUAUCGAUUCUGGGGCUCUUCCACCGCGUGUGUUUGGGAUCUGGCUAACGGCAAGCAAUGAUCCCGACGUCGUGAACGACGGCGUGCGACAGGACUUUUCCCGGUAUGUUCGAUUGGCGGCCAUCUCGCAUUGCAAACGAUGGCUUCGAACUUCUCGUGCCGAGCUUGCUUGGACCGCCCUUGGUGGCACCGCUGGUAUCCUGGAAUUCCUUAAUGGCGCCUCUGUGAACGACGUCAAAUGCUUUUGCCGUAGCAUCUACAAGACAGGAUCGUCGACCUAUGCUCGUGAGCAGCGUCAACGAUACGUCGAGGAACUUUUCAAGGCCCUAGAUUCCCAGCUCUGCCCAGACUCGGAAGUGAAGACGAAUGAUCAACGGCCUCUGGCGCAAUAUCAUCACAAGCUACUCGGUGCAUGCUGUCCGGAUUUUGCACUCACAUUCUGGUCCCAACACUGGACAAGACUGGACCGCGAUGCUUCAAUCUACGUGUUCAGCGCACUUCCCUCAGCCGCGCGACUGCAAUGCUUAGAUGUCAUCGCAAAAGAACCGGAAUCGCCGAAAGCAAAGGACAAUCUUCGAAGAUUACUACAACUUGAUAUCGGAGGCCGCAGCAGUACUUUUGACAACUCCGUUCCGUCACACCUGCUAUUCUUGAUGGAUGUGCUCCGAAAGAUCUGUCAGGAUGCUGACCUUAUUGGGUUGGACCACGGAAUCAUCCACUCCACGGUCAUAGGCCCUCUAUUCCAACGACUGCGUCGGCGCAAGAGCGACGCAGAGACAGUUGGAGAAGCAGUGCGCCUGUUCGUCGACUAUCGCUGGCAUCUGGUAUCAAAGGGCAAAGACCUGGCGAGCCUACCUGAGAAGUACGUUCUGUAUACAAUAGUCCAUCGAUGGGCCCGAUAUCCAGAUGCAUUGCAAGUCUCGCUCGAGCGGAUUCUGAAUACUGCCCCCUUCUCGCAUCAGCCGAAUGAGAAAACAGCAGAGGACUUGCUCAGACUUGUGUCAAUGCAAAGACGUUAUGAAUUCCUUCGGCUCUUGAUGAAGAGGACGAACACUGCAGCCGAUAUUGACAUCGACGAGGAUUUGACGCACAUCCCCUUCCGCUGGUCACCUGGCCUACUUUUGCUGCUUCCUAGACAGAAGGCUCGACAGUUGUUAGAGCGACUCAUUCAACUCAAGCCGAACGAUACCUAUGGGAAUUGGCGCCCAAACGGACACGAGCUUUCAAAACAGCAUGACGGUGAUCCUACCUGCCUGCUCUUGUUACUCUCAAGGGGCGACGAUGAUGGUCUGAGAAUGGCGUCUACUGCUGUCGAAGAGAUCAAAGAAAAAGCGUACAAAGCCCGUCAGCAGGAGUUAAGGGCUGCUCUUGUGCAGCGGACGCUCGAUUGUGCCGUGGCAUCUGGCUCUCUUGACUUUUAUCGCGAUGCUCUGAUUUGGACGAGAAGGUACAUCAAGGAUCCACUCACAAGUAUGAAAAUCUACGCCGCUCGGAGCCUUUGCACCGACGAAGGGAUCGAGUUGCUUUGUGGAUUUUCCUCUGCGUGGGGCGACUUGGGUUCAUCUACUGCUGAGCAGGUAUGCCGCGACGUCCACAAGGCGAAUCGAAUAUGUGAGGAUCUGGUAGAGACGGCACGAAUGGCUCUCAAUGAUCCGGGCUUUCAAGCGUACCACUGGAAAGAUGCCAUGACACUCUUGGACGAAGUGGUGCAGAAGAGAAUCAACUCUCUUCACCGCUUGCAGAAGAAGACGGGACUGGACGAGUCUUCUCUGUUCGAUAUUGUGUGGCAACCCACGAUCGACACAGUCUUCAAGCUGGAAUCCAUUGGCCUGCUUGAGAGUAGUUCUGAACUGGGAUUAGACGAUCCAGAAGGCAUCUUGUCUUCGCUCUGCCGGCUACCACAUAUGUCAGAAUCCACCCUCAAGUUCCUGGAUACACUUGCAAGACUUCGAAACGGCAUGUGGGUAGAGCACCGCCAGAAGCGCCAUCCUGAAACAAUGACAUUGCCAGAAAACUUUCCACGAGGACUGGCGAUACAGCAUUUGAACAGUUGUGACUUCAAAGACGAAUUCGAUUUCUACGAUUUGCCGUUUCUUCGGGAGCGUGCUAAGCAAAUUGUGUUUAUCGAUUCGCACCACGCAUUGCUCCCACUUUCGAAAUUCGAAGACGUCAAAGAUUCCGUGGACGUCUUCAUGGAUAAUUGGGCAACAGCAGCUCGCGCAUAUCUAUACACGCAUCCCAAGUCAGAGAGGUACGAAAGAGCAGUUGAGGUAUGGAAGCAUGCCACUGGACCCCUCUCACGACCUCGCAUGUCUUCUCUCGAAGCCGCGCAAUUCUGGCAGCAUGUCUGGCAAAACAACAGCCCGUUCCAAGAAAUGAAGGGUCCUUGGAACACGAGAAACCUCUUCGAACAAGCCCCAGAACCGCGUUUACCAGAGAUGGAAGACGAAGAUCAACCAAUUGAAUGGCAUCCAGAUCCGGAAGGACGACGCACAGGGCUCAAAACGCGGGCAUUGGAAGUUACUGUCCUGGAUGCCAUGCUGGCCCAACAUGGCUUGAACAUGGAAGAGAGGCUAUCAAAGACUGCGAGCGUUUAUGAGACAGUGAGCACGAAUCUCUGGCAGCGACAUGUAAAACGGUACUCGAAGAUGAGUAUCAAACCAGCGACGCAGGAAGCUCUCAUCGCAGCUUCUUUGCUCUGUGUGAGCGAGAAAACAAAAUGUCCCGGCAUCCUAUCAAAACCAUUCCCUUCAACUGUCCACCCAAGAUUUCCGGCUCUCUAUCUCGACGAAGAGUUCUUGGAGCAGCCAGAUGUCAAGAAUAGCGUAUAUCAAGCCAUUUCGGCAUUGGAGUGGCUCUCGGAUCAGACGCCACCGCAAUUGCUUCUCGAGCUCACAAGGAAGGUCCUGGGAGCCGACAACAGCGAUAGACGUGCUUUGGCUCUUCUCCGAAUCCUCACUCGAUGCGAUAGACCUCAGUUUGCCCUCGAUAUCAUCCAGGAAACGAUCCUAGAUCAGCCCCAGAAUAGUUCUUGGCAUCGCAGUCUCCUCAGGAAAGGCUUCCUAGGCUUCCUCCCUCAGGCCACGGUCAAAUCGUUCUUGGAGAGUCUCAGCAGGUCAAUGAUAGUCAAGGUCCAGCACAGUCGUAGUGACGGCGACGGCGACGGCGAAGGCGCACCUGCAGUCAAGGUCACUACUGUCAAGAUGUUAGCUCAGCUCCUCGUGGACGCCAUGUUCGUGGAUCUAACAACCACAGCACAGAUCCUGGCCGAGAUCUUUGAAGGCAGCAGGCACAUCGACAUUCGUGUAGCCGUCGUGGAAGGCUUGCUCCAUAUUCUUGCCACGACUGAGAAAGACGAUCUCAAAGUUCGCGUGUUGGACAUGUUGGAGCAGAAGGUUGUGCCAAUCAUGGCCAGCCUCGACGAACGCCGACCCUUGACGGAGGAUGAAUGGCGAGAAUUUGAGAGGACCGAUUUCGCAGAGAUGCCGGAAGUAUACAUGGAGCGAUCACCACGGGAACUACCACCUCUAUUGUCCGCCGUGUGCGCGGCUGCGAUGGACGAGAAGAAACAUCGUGAAUGGGUCAGAAGAGUACUCGCGACAAAAGUGCUCUAUCCUACCCUGGAGGAAUCGAUCCGAAACAACCAGCGAUGGCUCAAAGGCUUCUUCAAGCACCUUGGUACCUCCCCGAUCGAGUUUCCCGCCUGUCCUGUGAAACCGGUCUUGUUGUCUGAGCUCCUGGGCAACAAUGGCUACUGCACAAAGGAAGUCCUAGAUCAAUACCUGCGAGUAUUUGCCGCCAACUGCGAGCCAUCGCCACAACUGGAGGCACUCAACAAGGUGAUAUCGGGAGACGCGAAACUGCAGUCUUCCAACGCAGGUCAACAUUGGCUGUCGCUCUGGAGAAAGGGACCCGGAAACCUCUGGCAUAACGACAAAGCCACACCAGCCAGACUUCUCCAACGAAAACCUCACCAUGACCCUCAUUUCCCGACUGUAGAGUACAACCACAUCCAAUCCGUCGUCCUCCAACAAGCCCACAUCCUUCUCCGCACAAUCAAGACUCCAAAUUACACCAGCUGGACCCGCUUCAUCGGAGACCUCAAACCCUGCGACCUCGCCACCAGACCCUCAGAAACCUGGGCAGAGCACUGCCGACCCGUCCUGGAGAGAAUCAUCGACGAAAUCGACACCCUCCGCUCGUCGAAAGCAUGGCGAGAAAACCCUCACCGAAAACCUGCCGUCUUACCGGAUCCCCUGCCUCAACGGGUAUGGCUAACCUUCCACGGACCGCCAGGAGAGGGAGGGCAAUCCUCCUCCUCCUCCCUCGCCCCCAUCGCGACCCGCCUCUCCCUCCUCCUCCAACACCUCACAUCCUCCUCCCCCGAGCGCCCCACCCGCCUCUACCACGACAGCUACCGCCACCUCCUCCAAUACACCCAAACCCUGCGCUUCCGACCCGAAGAUCUGAUGCUCCUGGCUCUGGCGCUGCACUCCAAAGUCACCACCACCACCACCACCACCACCACCACGCCCGAGAGCACGGCGGAUUUUAUGCAUUUCGAUCUCGCGUUUCGUAUGCUCACAUGGUCCGCGUCCGGAUCCGGGUCGCCGCCGCCUGCGGGGGGACCGCGCAGGGUUGCGACGCUCGAGAUGAUCCGCACGUGGGCCCGGUCCCGGGAUGAAGAUGUGAGGAUGCUGGGGUUGGGGUUGUUGUAUCCUCCUGUCGUCGGAGGGGCGGGGGUGCAUGGGAAGAAGCCGUGGUAUAGCGGUGGGGAGUAA